UGAUGUCAUCCAAUUUUUUUGUUUUGUUUUCAUUCAUUAAAACCAAGAAUAUUUACCUUUUUUUCAAACAAAAAUCAAUUUCAUUUUUUUGUAAUAUAAUCUCAUCAGAACGAUGGCUUGAUAAAAUUAUGAUUAUAAAAGUUAAAAGAAAAAAAACCAACAACGACAACGAAAAUUACGAUGAAAUUAGUUUCCUGUCGUUUUAUAUUCGGUUCCUUGAUACUACUUUUAGUCGAUUUAUUAUGGGUAGCAAGCUCGGAAUUAACUGAAUAUUUAUAUCAUGAAAAAAAUUUUCAUAAACCAUUUUUUACAGCCUAUAUAAAAAGUGUUAUGUUUUCAUUAUAUUUAUUUGGUUUUAUUUUUUUCGAUUCAUGGUGGUCACAAAAAUCACAUCUAAAUCCUGGUGAUUAUUAUUCAAUUGUUUCUGAUUCUGAUCAACAAAAUUUAACACUUGAAGAUGAUGAUGAAGAUGAUGAUGACGAUGAAGAGGACGAUGAAGAAGAUGUUGAUCAUUUGAAUUUGAAUAAUAUUGAUAAAACUGGUGAUACAAUUACCGAAGAAAAUAUUCCGAAUGAUAAUGAUGAAAAUAAAGAUUUACAACCGAUUAAAUCAUCGUCGUUAUCGAAUAAUUCGCAUUUUAUAAGCGAUUCUGUUUGGAUUCCAAUCAAACGAUGUAGUGAUACUAGUUCUUUGAGUGGGAAAAGUAGCGAAACUGAAGAUGAUGAAAUUGUAUCGAAUGAUGGUCAUGUAUUUAUUGAAAAUAUUAAUCCAGAAUCGGAUAAAAUUGAUAAUUCAAAUAUUAUCAAUAAGAAUAAAAACAUAUCAUCAUCAUUAUCGAAUGUUAGUUCAAAAAGAUUGGUAAGAUUUUCAAAUCUAAUUGAAGUACGACAAUUAUCGGAUAAACAUGCUGAUGAUGCAUUUUUAUCACGUCUUUCAUAUUCAUCAUUUAUGCGUAUACUUUAUCAACGUAAUCGUCAACGACAAUAUUCAUCAAAUUCUAUUGAUAAUCGAUUAUUAUCAUCAUCAUCAUCGGAACAAUCAAUGAAUUAUGAUGAUCAUCAUCGAAAUUCUGGAAAUAAAUUAACAAUACGUGAAACAUCAGUAUUGGCAUUCUAUUUUACAUGGAUUUGGUUUGCAGCACAUCUUAGUUUUCAUAUGGGUUUACAAUAUAGUGAAGCUGGUUUAGUUAAUGUUUUAUCAAGUACAACACCAUUAUUUACAUUAUUAUUGGGUAUAUUAUUUCCAUCUGGUUCAAUAACUGAUUCAUUAUCAUUAACAAAAUUAUUAUGUGUUCUAUUAUCGAUAUCAAGUGUUGCAAUGAUCUCUAAUAUUGAACCAAUUAAUCCAAAUUCACAAUCAUCAUCAUUAUUAAUUCAUAAUCAAAUUGAUAAUUUUCAAUCUACAUCCAAUAAUAAUAAUAAUGGUAAUGGUGUUGGUGGUAUGAAAUUGAACAAUGAAACAAUAUUACCAUUAGGUAGUAUUUGGUCAUUAUGUGGUGCAUUUUUUUAUUCAGUUUAUAUUGUUUUGAUGCGUUAUAAUCUAAUCAAUGAUUCAAUGUUAAAUUUUCCAAUGUUUUUUGGUUUUAUCGGAUUUUUUAGCAUGAUAUUUAUGUUUCCAUUUUUAAUGUUAUUAAAUUUUACACAAAUUGAAACAUUUCAAUGGCCUUCACAAGAUCAAUGGAUUGUAUUACUAGUCAAUGGUUUUUGUGGUACAGUUAUAUCUGAAAUAUUAUGGCUUAUUGGUUGUUUUAUGACAUCAUCAUUAAUUGGAACAAUAUCGGUAUCAUUUACCAUUCCAAUGGCCGUAUUUUUUGAUAUAUUUUAUAAAAAUAUUGAAUAUCCAAGGAUAUUUUUUCUGGGAACAAUACCAAUGUUUUUUAGUUUUAUUUGGAUAAUAAUUAUAUCACAAUAUGAACGUUGGGAUCCAAUAUUGGAUCUAUUAGAACAAUGUCUUUAUUCAAUUGGUUCAUCACCAAGAAAAUGUUCCGGUACAAUACGUUUAAAUGAAUCAAAUGUAAUAAUGAAUAAUUUGAUUGAAAAAACAAUUGAUAAUGAUAAUCAUCAUCAUUAUUCGGAUAAAAAUAAUCAUUCAACUAAUGAAAUAAUGGACCAAAAUAUUAUUACCAAUAAUAAUGAUGAUGAUGAUGAAACCGGUGAUUCAAAUAAAUCAAUCAAAAUGUCGAUAAAUAAUCGAAGAUUUUUAAAUGGAAAAAAAGAUUCUUCUGAUCAUCAUUCCGUAUCCUUAUCAUCAUCAUCAUCAUCAUCAUCAUCAACAACAUUAUCAUCAUCACCACCAUCAUCGCCUUCAUCCUCCACUACAUUAAGACAUUUACAAUUUAAUAAACAAAGAAUGGCCGAUCAAAAUGAUCAUCAUCAUCAGAAUUCGGAUGAUGAUGAUGAACAUAAUGAACAGACAAAAUCAUUGAUUGAUGCUGCAGCUGCUGAAUUAGCUUGCUGAUUUUUUUUCCAAUAGGAAUUAUAGAAAAAUUUAUUAUUUAUUUCAAAAAAAUUUUUCAUUUCAUUUUUUCUUUCGUUCAAUGUUUUUGUGUUUUGUUGGUUAUUGUGAUAUUUAAUC